CGAGGAGCGUCUUUGGUCGCCAGUUCAAGUUCAUUCGGUGAUUAGGAGCUACUCGCGUGUUUCGGCCCUACGUCGAGUCCUAGAAUAAAUCGACUUUAAAUUCAUUGUGUCGCGCAGUCAGCGCGAGCAAUCGCGACCGCGUAAGCUCUUGCAGCGGCAGAUCAAAGUUGAGACGCUGCCGCCCAACAUUACUGAAAACAUGUGGAAGUCGUUGAUGCUGGCCGUUCUCGUGAUCGCCGCCCCCGGCGAAGGUUCAGCCAGACGAAGAGUGUGCGUGGUGGGCACGGGCCCAGCCGGUCUAACCGCCAUUAAAUUCCUAGCCGAGUAUUCGCACGAGUUCGAGUGCGUGGCGUUCGAGAAAAAUUCGGACGUCGGCGGCAUGUGGAUAUACACGGACAGCACGACGGUCGACGAGCACGGCCUGCCCGUGCACAGCAGCGCUUACAAGUAUCUCAGGGUGAACGUACCGAAAGAGCUUCUGGCCUUUCCAGACUACCCGAGCUUCGGGGGUGAGAACGUCAGCUUCGUCAAACACAGCGACAUGUUGCAGUACCUGAGAAACUACACCGAAUAUUACGAGCUUCGCCCGUACAUUCAGUUCAACACUAACGUGGAAAAAAUACUUCCUCUGCCAAAACUCAAGUGGCUCAUCAAGGCUCGCGACUUGAAUACUAAACAGCUGAACGAAGUAACUUGUGACGCUGUCAUGCUCGCCACAGGGCAUUUCGUUAAGGGAAGCAUUCCGAAAAUCCGCGGCAUCGAGAGCUUCGCCGGGAGGACGUUGCACAGUCACCUGUACCGCAGACCCCAGGACUUUGCCAAUGAAACUGUUCUGGUGCUGGGUGCCAGCUACUCCGGCCAAGAGAUUGCCACUCAAGUCAGCCGAUACGCCAAGAAGAUCUACCUCAGUCACCGACACGACAGACUGAAGACGAAGUUACUGUGGAACAUCGAGCAAGUGCCGGCAGCGAUGGGCGCCGACGGUGACAAGUUGAUAUUGAACGGUGGUAGGAGACUGAAAGUCGACGUGUUGGUUUACGCCACGGGCUUCCUUUUCGACUUUCCGUUCCUGGACGAGAGCAGCGGCAUUAAAGUGGUCGGCAAACAGAUCCGGUACGUGUACAAGCAUCUGAUCAACGUUGCGCGCCCGACCAUGGCCAUCUUGAACGUGCCGUACCCACGUCUCGCUAUUCUAGAAUCUCACGCUCAGUCGGCUUACUUUAUCGCUGUGCUGAGGGGCAAGCUGAAGUUGCCCAGUCGCAAGGCGAUGCUCAAAUCCGCGGCGCUCCCAGCUGGCAAACGCAACAGGGAUGCUCAUCUCGUCAACAAAGAGAUUUUCCUCUACUACAACCAUUUGGCGUCGGCUGCCGGUUACGAGACUCUGCCCGCUUGGUUCAUGGCUGCUUCCAACGAGAAUACCAAGAGGAUAUUCGCCGAUCCUCUUCACUUCAGACAGUACAAUUUAGUUCUUCACAAAUACGGUGGCUUCGAGUUCGUCCGACAUAAUCAAAACCUAUAGUGUAGUAAAUUUUGAGCCGUCGAUUAAAGGGAUACGUCGAGGCCCCGUGCAAAUUAUACCGUUGUUUCCACGCAACCCUCCAAUUAGGAUUGAUGUAUCAAAGAUAUCCAUUUCGAAAGCUGCAUAAAUUACAUUUUAUGUUUUAGAAACUGUUUAAAGAGUAACUUUUAAACCACGCUUGAUAGAUAAAAUCGCACUAAUGUACUUCUGCAUAUCAAUUGAUACCGUGUACAUUAUCAAGACUUACAAUUUAUCCUGGUAUAGUUUGAAGGUGUAAUACUAGAAUAGGACUUAGUUUUACAUAUACAUGUUAAUGACACAAUUGCAUGAUAUCUAGAGAGAAAGUUUAUAGUGUAAGCAUGAAAUAGUAAUUAAUUUGUGCAUAAAAUUAUGAAUAACAAUACAUUUUUUUAUGUCUACCAAACUAGGAAAAGUUGCGUGAGUAUGUAGCUUAAAAAGUAUUCUGAUAACAAUAUUAUUUGCUGACACCGAUUCGCUUCAUGACAAUGCAUGAAUAACAUAUGAGAAUCAUUAAAGACACAACUUCGUCUCGCAGCC